CACCACCUCCUCUUCUGUAAGUCGCAGUUCUAAUAGUAAUAUUCCACAAAAUUCCACAAAUUCGAUAAUCCAGAAUCCCGAACAUGUCCCUGCUCCUUCGCCACCGCCGAUUCUCCAUCCGCUUCCUGAAUCAAAACCUAAUCUUAGGCGAGUCUCCAUAAUAUCUAUCUCCGCUACGAUAGUCUCCGCAAUGCUAGCCUCCUAUUUGUUGAUUAAUAACAACGACGCCGAAUCCAGUGCGGCUAAAACUGCCAGAAGAGAAAUUGAGAACGCGAUCGAGAAAUCAAACGAGUCGUUUAGGAAAAUUAUGCACCGGAUGAAACAAACUGGAGUGGCAGCGUCGGUUUUGUGGCAGUCGCUAAGGUCGGUGAUGUCGUCGGCGAACCAUGAGGUGAGGUUGGGGUUUGAAUGGAGAGUGGCGGCGUUGUUGGCGGAUAUUGCGGCAGCCAGUGAGAGUCGGAGAGCGGCGAUUGUGGGAGCUGGUGGUGGUGCAGUGGUGGAUUGGCUUUUGGAGACUGUGGCUGUGGGUUCCGCGGAUAAUUUGGGGACUCAAGCUGAGUCUGCUAGGGCUUUGGCGUAUUUGAUGGCUGAUCCUAAUGUAUGUGAGGCGGUUUUAGCUAGGCCUCAUGCUGUUCCUUAUUUACUUCGUUUCAUUUUUUCUGCUCAGCCUCGGAAAAGUCAAAAGAGACGUAGUUCAUUCGAUGUUUCUGAUUCUUUGAAAGGUAGGAGCAUGCUUGUUGCCGCAAUUAUGGAUGUUGUGACUUCCAACUGUGAAAGUGCAGACAAAAUAAUGUUUAAGCCCUCACUGCCUAAGAAUGCUAUAAUGAGAGAUAUUGCAGCAGCUAUUGAAGUUAUUGAAGAAGGUGGCAUCCAUUGGGAUGAGCCACCUGAGGACAAGGAUGAUAAAGGUGGGAAAGGAAUGAAAGGUAUUGGAAUUAAAAUUCUUGAAGGUACAACAGUUUUAGGCCUUUCUAGAACUAAUGGGCGUGUUGAGAUGGAGGAUUCUGAUGCGGAUCACAUGAAGACAGUUCAAAGUUUGCCUCAAAGUUUUUCUUUUAACAAGGCAAAUGAACGCUUUCCUGUGCAAGAUAGGGUAUCUUCUGUAGUUGUCCCUGGACUUUGGGAUGAUUUGCAUUCUGAACAUGUUGCUGUCCCAUUUGCUGCUUGGGCCUUAGCAAACUGGGCAAUGGCAUCUGAAGUUAAUAGAUCUCAUAUUCAAGAAUUAGAUAGAGAUGGGCAAGCAGUCAUGACUGCUUUGGUGGCACCUGAGAGAUCUGUUAAAUGGCAUGGUAGUUUGGUUGCUCGAUUUCUUUUAAAGGAUCAAAAUCUGCCAUUAAAUGAAUCUGUUUCUGAUUGGACUUCCAGCCUUCUUUCAACUGCUUUUCAAGCAAGUAAAGUCCAAGAUGUAUCUUUGGUCGAGGUAGCUUUGUCAGCAUUUUUGGUUGCUAUUGAGAGAAGCCCUGAUGCUAGGGAAGUUGUCAUGGAUAAGGGUCUUCAAUUGAUGAGAGAAACUGCCAAACAGACACCAAAGCAUAAGUCUGUACAAGGAUCACUUGCAAAGGCUUUGGAACUACUUUGCUGUGAAGGACUGCAUAUGUCUCUUGAAGAAAGUCAAAAGUGGUCUGGCAUACUACUGCCUUGGGUUUUCAGCAAGCCUUGCUCUGAUACAGUAAGAGCUUCUGCAAUAAAUAUCCUUGCACAUGUUCUUGAAGACUAUGGACCAUCUUCUUUGCCCAUUUCUCAAGGAUGGUUAACGAUUAUGCUGACUGAUGUUCUUAGUACCAAGAAGUCAGCCCUAAUGACAGGAAACAACCAGCCUGGAACUGACAAAGUGAAGACACAAAUUGAUCAAUCCAACAUAGUUUCUGCUUCGCAAAUAGCAAAUCAGUUGGCCAUUGCUGUUGUUAAUUUAGCAGGAACACAACUUGGGACAUCCACUGAUAGUGAAGAUAUGUUUCCUUUGGUGGAUAUGCUUUCGCUUGAACCUUUUGUUGGACCUUUGAAGAAUCUGAAGAAAGAUAAAAAUUUCAAGGUUAAUGCUGCAGAUUCUGCUUUGGCUACGUUAAAAGGAAUAAAAGCAUUGACAGAAGUCUGUGCUGAAGAUUCCUCCUGUCAAUCCAAAAUAACUGACUUUGGGGUUAUGUGCUUGCUGAGGCGCCUUUUGCUUGAAGAUGAUUAUGAGCAACUAGCUGCUAUUGAAGCCUAUGAUGCAUCUAGAGCCUUGGAGGCGCAAGAUCAUGUCUCUUCAUCCUCUGGACAAUCCUCUGCUGCCAAUACUAAUGAUUCUUCUAGUUUACGAGUUCCACCUACAGCUCAUAUUCGAAGACAUGCAGCUCGGCUGCUUACUGUUCUUUCGGUCCUUCCAAAGGUCCAGAAAAUAAUUGUGGCUGAUGAAACUUGGUGUAAAUGGCUUGAGGAAUGUUCGAAGGGAAAGAUCCCUGGGUGUAAUGACCUUAAAAUUCAGAGUUAUGCUAAGGCCACUCUGUUAAAUGUGCUUUGCAAUUACCAAAGCAAUUCUGUAAAUGGUGAUAUGACUGAUAAAAAAAAUGAACCUUGCCCUCAUUAUGCUGAGAUGAUUUUUUUGAUCAAUCCGGAACGACCGCACUGGAAGUGUCUGGACAAAGUGAUGCCUAACAUUGAGGAUGGAUCAUCAUCAGCAAAUGAUGACUCUACUGAAUGUGUAGGUGGACCUUCAUCUGGAGCUUCCAGUGAUGAUGAUUCUUCUACUUCCACAUCGACAUCUGAAAACUGCUCUGGUUUGGACAUUGCUCCAUUGGAUGUUGUCUUUGUCCACGGUUUACGUGGGGGACCCUUUAAAAGUUGGCGGCUUUCCGAGGACAAAUCAUCAACUAAGUCUGGCCUUGUUGAGAAGAUUGAUGAAGAGGCUGGGAAACAGGGAACAUUUUGGCCAGGUGAAUGGCUUCCUGCUGAUUUUCCUGAUGCUCGUGUCUUUAGUCUUCAAUACAAGACAAAUCUUACGCAGUGGUCUGGGGCAAGCUUACCUCUUUUGGAAGUUAGUUCAAUGCUGCUAGAGAAGCUUAUUGCUGCAGGAAUUGGAGAUCGACCGGUUGUAUUUGUGACUCAUAGCUUGGGUGGCCUUGUUGUCAAGCAAAUGUUGUAUCAAGCAGAAGCAGAAAAGAGGGACAACUUUGUUAAGAACACCAUUGGACUUGUUUUCUAUAGUUGUCCACAUUUUGGCAGCAAACUUGCAGACAUGCCUUGGCGUAUGGGUCUUGUGUUUCGGCCUGCACCAACUAUCGGAGAGUUAAGAAGUGGAUCUCCAAGACUAGUCGAGCUUAAUAAUUUCAUUGGUGACCUUCAUGAGAAAGGCAUGCUUGAAGUCCUUAGCUUUUCUGAGACCAAAGUUACCCCGAUCGUUGAAGGGUACGGAGGUUGGGCUUUCCGAAUGGAAAUUGUACCUAUUGAAUCAGCUUAUCCUGGAUUUGGUCACCUUGUUGUUUUAGACUCCACAGACCAUAUAAAUUCUUGCAAGCCACUCUCCCGCACGGAUCCUUCCUACAAAGAAACCUUAGACUUCUUGCAUAAGAUGAGGGCUCGUCUACAUAAAUAGAUAGAGUGCGUGUAUACUUAGAAUUAGGCAUAAUUUUUUGCAGUGAAGACAACAUUGCUCUGAACCUGUUUGAGGCUUCUGAGAGUAUUACUUUACAACUAACUCCAGAGGCAGGGCUUUCAAGCCGGCAAAUUUUCAGAUAGACCAUUACAAGGCUGGAAUUCUCGGGUUGGCAAUGAGACCUACUUCAGGAGUCUCUACACCACACUCUACAACUCCUUGGAGACAAUUUUCAAGCUUAAUCUGCUUUACCAGGAGUUCGAAUCGAGUUGCAUAGAAGAGUAGCUUUAGUUGUACAGUAAUUAUCUCCAAUGUUGUUUCGUGAUUUCACCUGCACAAUCCUGAGUUUACUAACUGUAUCAUCGAUGUAGACCUACACUAGCGGUUAGAUAAGACAUUCCCUUGCACUGGCGGAUCUCCCAUAUUUUAGGCAUAGAGAGUCCCUUUGUGGGCCGAUGAUUCAUUGGUUUACUUGUAGAGUAUUCUGAUAUUCUGUACUUUUCUCAACGUAACAAAUAAGAAGCCCUUCUUUCAUCUAAUUCUAACUUA